AGGCAGGGUAAAGCGCCUCUCCCUCCUGUGUGUAUUCAGUCAAACAGGCAGAGAGCCCGAGACAGCCACCAACAUUCUGUGCUGAAAAGGAGUCUCCACCAUGUCCUCUAACGGAGACCUGAUGGAUCUACAGCCCAGGGGAAGUUUUUGGGAGCCAGGGAAUUACAAGAGGACGGUGAAGCGCGUGGAUGAUGGGCACAAGCUGUGCAGCGAGCUGGCUGGCUGUUUCCAGGAGCGAGCCAAGAUUGAGAAGAGCUACUCUCUGCAGCUGGCUGACUGGGCUCGGAGAUGGAGGGGCAUUGUGGAGAAAGUGUGUAUGGGUGUAUGUGUGUAUGUGUCUGUGUGUCUGCGUGUGUGUAUAUGUUUUGCAGGGGCGCAGUAUGGAACGCUGGAAAAGGCCUGGCAGUCCUUCAUGAACGCGGCAGACCGGUUGAGUGAGGUGCACAUGCAGAUGAGGGAGCAGCUGGCGGUGGAGGAGAGCCAGAGGAUCCUGCACUGGCAGAAAGAGGCCUUCCACAAGCAGAUCAUGGGCGGCUUCAGGGAGACCAAGCAGGCAGAGGAGGGCUUCCACAAAGCCCAGAAACACUGGGCCAAGAAGCUGAAAGACGUGGAGUCCUCUAGGACGAGGUACCACCAAGCACGAAAAGCAGAGCAGGCCGCUGUGGACCGUGAGACCAUCGCCAAAGCCGACACAACUAAGUCUCAGGAUGAGGUCCGCAAACUGCAGGUCCGUGUGGAAAAGUGCAACAUCGAGGCUGAAAAGGCAAAGGCUCGCUAUGAGAAAGCCCUGGAGGAGCUGAACCGCUGCAACCCGCGUUAUAUGGAGGAUAUGGAGCAGGUGUUCGAGAUUACGCAAGAUGCUGAAAAGAAGCGACUGUGCUUCUUUAAGGAGGUGUUGCAGGACAUCCACAAACACAUGGACCUGCCCAGCAAUGACAGUGUCACGUCCAUUUUCCGUGAGUUGAGCCAGGCCAUCGCAGCAGCCAGCGAUGUAGAGGACCUGAGGUGGUGGAGGAACACUCACGGGCCCGGCAUGCAUAUGAACUGGCCGCAGUUUGAGGCGUGGUCUCCAGAGGACACAUGCUCUAUCAGCCCCAAGGAGACGGACAGUCAGGUGGAGGAUGUCUCUUUCUCCGCAGGAGAUGAGGCCCCUGAAAUGCCCCCGGAGUCUCCAAGAAAGCACAUCAGUGACAAAGAUGGCAAGGAUAAUGCCUCUGACUGGUCAGAUGAGAGUGGCAAGAAUUACAUCACAGCAAAUGGGAUUGAAGAGGACGAAAAGAUAACAGGAGUCCCUGUUAAGGCGUUGUAUGAUUACGAGGGAGAGGAGGAGGAUGAGCUGAGUUUCAAAGCAGGUGACCUGCUGAUGAAGCUCGGGGAGGAGGACGAGCAGGGCUGGUGCAAGGGUCAGCUGGACGAUGGGCAGAUCGGACUCUACCCUGCUAAUUACGUGGAGGUCGUUGGAUCCUGAUGGGCUGGCUCCUGAGCAGUUUAGCCAAUAACACUGGAGUGGCUCAUCAAUCAGAUUGUUGUUCUGCUGUGCCCCUGAUGUGAGUGCAUGGUUCAGAUGUGUGAGGGUAAUGGGAACCCGAGCCAGGCUUUAAUCCUGAGUCAUUACCGGAUAAACUGCCAGCCUAACAGUAUGACAUGCCCUUCCUCCACCCACCAUUAGGUGGCAGAAGAUAGACCCUGUGACAUCAUGUUGGCCACAACCUGCACAGAUCAACAGACACAAUAUGAUACAGCCUGGAUACGGCUGAUGUCUACAUGCUCGCCCUGUCUCUUUGCCCUUCUUGGAAGCUUGAACUUCAAUGCUCAUUGUCUUUAAUAAUAAUUAUUUACAAAUCAUACUGGUAAAAAAAAAUGGUUUUUGUAUUAUUCUGUGUAUAAGUUACCUGCCAUGCCCAUACAGUCCCUCCAAUGACAACAAGGAUAUUCAACCUUUUUCUGAAAUGUCUUGGAAUAAACAGAAAUAUUCUCUUA